AUAAAAUACUAGUAAUGCGUGGACAGUGGUUUAUUGAUGGUACUUGGCAGCCUUUAGAAGAAGAAGAAAGUAAUUUAAUUGAGCAAGAACAUCUCAGCUGUUUUAGAGGUCAGCAGAUGCAGGAAAAUUUUGAUAUUGAAGUGUCAAAAUCCAUAGAUGGAAAAGAUGGCAGUGGGAUCAGCUAUUCUGUUGUCUACCACCUCCCUCCCUUCUCCCUCCCUUCUCUCUUCAAAUGGAGAGGAUAUAAGGAGAGUACAGAUGCGGCAGGUCUUAAACGAAAGCGUUCUCAAGCUAUUCAUAGUUUCAAGUUGAGUCGAAAUCAUGUGGACUGGCACAGUAUGGAUGAAGUAUAUCUUUAUAGUGAUGCAACAACAUCUAAAAUUGCAAGGACAGUAACCCAAAAACUGGGAUUUUCUAAAGCAUCAAGUAGUGGGACCAGACUUCAUAGAGGUUAUGUAGAAGAAGCCACAUUAGAAGACAAGCCAUCACAGACUACCCAUAUUGUAUUUGUCGUGCAUGGCAUUGGGCAGAAAAUGGACCAAGGAAGAAUUAUCAAAAAUACAGCCAUGAUGAGAGAAGCUGCAAGAAAAAUAGAAGAAAGGCAUUUUUCCAACCACGCAACACAUGUUGAAUUUCUGCCUGUUGAGUGGCGGUCAAAACUUACUCUUGAUGGAGACACUGUCGAUUCCAUUACUCCUGACAAAGUACGAGGUUUAAGGGAUAUGCUGAACAGCAGUGCAAUGGACAUAAUGUAUUAUACUAGCCCACUUUAUAGAGAUGAACUAGUUAAAGGCCUUCAGCAAGAGCUGAAUCGAUUAUAUUCCCUUUUCUGUUCUCGGAAUCCAGACUUUGAAGAAAAAGGGGGUAAAGUCUCAAUAGUGUCACAUUCUUUGGGAUGUGUAAUCACUUAUGACAUAAUGACUGGCUGGAAUCCAAUUCGACUCUAUGAACAGUUGCUGCAGAAGGAAGAAGAGUUGCCUGAUGAACGAUGGAUGAGCUAUGAAGAACGACAUCUGCUGGAUGAACUCUAUAUAACAAAGCGACGGCUGAGAGAAAUAGAAGAACGGCUACAUGGAUUGAAGGCAUCAUCCAUGACACAAACACCUGCCUUAAAAUUUAAGGUUGAGAAUUUCUUCUGCAUGGGAUCCCCACUAGCAGUUUUCUUGGCAUUGCGUGGCAUCCGCCCAGGAAACACUGGAAGUCAAGACCAUAUUUUGCCCAGAGAAAUUUGUAACCGGUUACUAAAUAUUUUUCAUCCAACAGAUCCAGUGGCUUAUAGAUUAGAACCGUUAAUACUGAAACACUACAGCAACAUUUCACCUGUCCAGAUCCACUGGUAUAAUACUUCCAAUCCUCUACCUUAUGAGUACAUGAAGCCAAGCUUUCUCCAUCCAGCAAAAGAACCUACCUCAAUUUCAGAGAAUGAAGGCAUUUCAACAAUACCAAGCCCUGUGACCUCACCAGUCUUGUCCCGCCGACACUAUGGGGAAUCUAUAACAAAUAUAGGCAAAGCAAGUAUAUUAGGGGCCGCUAGCAUUGGAAAGGGCCUUGGAGGAAUGUUGUUCUCAAGAUUUGGACGUUCAUCUACAUCACAGUCGUCUGAGGCAUCAAAAGACUCAAUAGAAGAUGAGAAGAAGCCAGUUGCCUUGCUUCCCACGACCACUGUUGCAACACAGAUCCUUCCACACAGCAGUUCUGGCUUUCUGGAUUCUGCAUAUUUCAGACUUCAGGAAUCGUUCUUUAAUCUCCCACAACUUCUUUUUCCGGAAAAUGUAAUGCAGAAUAAAGAUAAUACCCUCGUGGAAUUGGAUCACAGAAUUGAUUUUGAACUCAGAGAAGGACUUGUGGAAAGCCGCUACUGGUCAGCUGUUACGUCGCAUACUGCCUAUUGGUCUUCCUUGGAUGUUGCCCUCUUUCUUUUAACCUUCAUGUACAAACAUGAGCACGACAAUAAUGCAAAACCCAAUUUAGAUCCAAUCUGAACUCUUGAAGGACAUUAAUGGCCCAAAACUGAUUUCUUUCUGUUAAAAUAUGUGUGUCAAGAUAUGGAGAUUUCAGGUUUACAUGUGUUUCAGUUUUGUUUAGGGCAAGAAACAUUUAAAUUUAAAAGCACUUUAUUUAAAAAAACAAAAAUAUUUUUCAGUCUGAAAGAAAUUAUUUACAGUUUUCAUCAUUUUAAUUAUGAAUCUGACAGAACCCCCUGCAGAAAAUCAAGCACGACCUGGAAUUGAGUUUGGGUUAUAAAUCACAAUCUCAUUUCUCCAAAUAUAAAGGCAUAUUAAUAAGUUGAAUCUAAUGUAUUAACCAAAAUAUGUUGUAAAUCUAAAAUGGCCAAGGUCCAGUGUAGUCUAUGUAAAGAUCACUGGUGGUAUCACUGUUGUAGAUUCCUAUGAAAGCUUCUAUUUCCAUAGUUCUUUGAAACAAGAGGAUGACAGAUUUCAAGUGUUUUGAAUUUAACUUGCUUAGAAAAAUUAAUGCUAAAAAAGAAACAAUGUUUGAACUACUGUAUUUAUAAUUUAUUACCUCUAACGGCUUUAUUUCAAUAUAUGAAACAUGACAUUUUUAAAAUGUUUCCUUUGAACAAUUUCAGAACCACCUUUGUUUUCUAUAGCAUUAAGACCCUUUUUUCCUCAAAACUCCAUCUUUAUACUCUUCAGAGGGAUAUAUAGACACUGUGGCAUACUUUCAGUAUUUUUUUCAUUAAAAACUUGUGGUUUCACAUAAUUAACACUAGUUAUUUUGAAAAAAAUGAACUUUUUAUUAUGUCACAUGUACCUCAGAGAAAGCUAAAGUUUUCUAAAUUUGACACAAAGUACUCCAUCGUGGCUACAUUUCAUUAACUUUAUUGGACAACUAGUAAACAACUUUGGAGUAGUGAGUACUACGACUAUUUUAAAUAUAUAAACAUCGGUGUGCCAAACAAUUAACAUAUAUAAAGGGAUGGAGUGCCACUAACACAUUUUACUUGUGAAGUAUUUAAGAAAACCUGGUUGAGACACAAGGCACAUAGAUCAGGAUUCUAAGGCACUGGGAGAGUUUUCCUCCGCUGUGAUUGUCUCCACAGUGCUUUUCAUCUGAGGAGCCCAAAGUGCUUUAAGACUCAGUCAUCUAUGUGGUAGCUCCUUGAGGUAAGUAAAUGAGUGUUUUUCUCAUGUUACGUGUUAAUACACUAAGGCACCAAAACAUUUUAAAGUGCCUUGAAUUAGAUUACAGAGCAAACAGAAGAGCUCAGAUUGAGGCUAGGCUAUAUUUAUAUUCUUUUAUAUGCUGUAGUGACUAGUAAUUCACAUGUGACCUCUUAAUUUGCAAACAAUAAUAAUCACAGAAGUUGCAAUGCAUAAUUUGGAGAAGAGACUGUGAAGCCAAUAUUUUACCCUACUUUUCGAAUAUGUUCUGGGGUUCUCACAUACAGAGGAGAGUUACUUAGAGGAGAUCAUCUCUACCCCAACCAACCCUCACUUUCGAGUGGCUUCUACUAGGUUCCACUUAAGGUGCUUUCUUCGCUUAUCUUACAAGGGUUUUCUUAGCUCCCAGUUGGAUCAGUUGCACAUCUCACCUACUCCUUUCUUUACAAAGUAGUGGAAUCGAUAGGCUCGCCUGUAGGUUUUCCUACAGCACUGUCAGUCUUCUUGUCUAUUCUGGCCUUUCAUUGAAUUUGCACAACAGAAAGCACUUCUUCUUAGUGCUUAAAAAGAUCCCAAGGCUCCAUGACCAAAUAUGUGACUCCCUGAGAAAUGCUUGCUAUAAAAGGCUUUUGAUGAAAUCUUAGCAAAGCUGAAGCAAUCUCUUUCGAAUUUAGAGAUUCCUGUGAACUCAGGUCAUUUUCAUACCCUAGUUUAUUUCAUAAGUCUAAUUUAGUUCUCAGGAAAAUUAAACUCCUGUCUCAUAUGACUGUAUCUUUAAAGGUACUUGAGCAUAUAUUGCUAUAGAUGGUGUGACACUCAAAUGUCUAGGAGCUUUAAGGGAUUCAUUCUUAACCACUAGAAUGUGAAGAGCCCUUUUUACCUGAGAAGAGUAGAGUCUAUCAAACCUUUUAAUUUGCUAUGGAGUAAAAAAAAAAAAAAAGAUAUAGCUGUAGCUAUAUUAUCUGCUUUUCAUUUUUCAUGUUGAGGAAACAAACUUAACCAUAUGGAGUUUAUUUGAAUUCUUGAAAAGAGCAACACUUAAAACCCCCCUUGGCAAAAUGAGAUAUUCUGGAUUACUGAACAGGUAUUUUGAUUUCAUUAUUUCAUCAAUAGAGAUGGUGAUCUUGAUUUGAUAGUACUCUUCUUGUUUCCAUGUCUCUGCAUGUUAUCAUGGAAUGUACUUGUAUAUACUCAAGUAAUAUACAGAGUAUGUGUAAUUCUGGCUUGAUUUAGAAGCUAAGUCCGUUACUGAGUAACAUUUUGCAACUUUAUUCCAGCAAGUACUAAAUUGGCCAAAAAGUUCUGUUUUUGAUACCAUUAAAAUUUUAUUCUCUA